AGACAAUGUUGUCCAUCUCGGUGGUGGCCCUGGCCUGGUUGGUCUUCUUGCAAACCUUGUCCACAGCUCUGGAUCCGACCCUGGAGGGAACAUGGCAAGUCUGGAAGGCCACUCACAAUAAAGAAUACGCCUUGGACGAAGAAUCUUUUCGAAGAGCCGUGUGGGAGGAGAAUUUGCAAAUGAUCCAAGACCAUAACAGCCAGGCUGACCGGGGAAAACACACCUACAAGCUUGGGAUGAAUCAUUUUGGUGAUUUGACUAAUGAAGAGAUUAACGAGAGGCUGGAUUGCUUGCUUCCUGACAUGGAUCUUGCUACUCUAAAGAACGUAGUCGUGUUCAAAUCCUCAAAAAACCCGCAGAUUCCCACUGGGGUGGACUGGCGAGCCAAAGGUGCGGUGACUGAGGUCAAAGAUCAGGUGAGUGCUGAAUAG